CACGACGCCAGAGCAAGAUGGCCGACACCGCCUCCACGGCCGGGGCCGGAGGCUCCGGAACGAGAUCAGGAAGUAAACAGUCUACUAACCCUGCUGACAACUACUAUCUGGCCCGGAGGAGAACCUUGCAAGUAGUGGUGAGCUCCUUGUUGACUGAGGCAGGAUUUGAGAGCGCAGAGAAAGCUUCUGUGGAAACACUGACCGAGAUGCUGCAGAGCUACAUUUCAGAAAUCGGGCGGAGCGCCAAGGCAUACUGUGAGCACACGGCCAGGACCCAGCCCACGCUGUCGGACAUCGUGGUCACGCUGGUGGAGAUGGGGUUCAACGUGGACACUCUCCCUGCCUAUGCGAAGCGGUCUCAGAGGAUGGUCAUCACUGCCCCUCCAGUGACCAAUCAGCCGGUGACCCCCAAGGCGCUCACGGCAGGGCAGAACCGGCCCCACCCGCAGCACAUCCCCAGCCACUUCCCAGAGUUCCCCGACCCCCACACCUACAUCAAGACCCCGACGUACCGGGAGCCCGUGUCUGACUACCAAGUCCUGCGGGAGAAGGCGGCGUCUCAGAGGCGCGACGUGGAGCGGGCGCUCACCCGCUUCAUGGCCAAGACAGGCGAGACCCAGAGCCUUUUCAAAGAUGAUGUCAGCACCUUCCCACUGAUCGCCGCCCGGCCCUUCACCAUCCCCUACCUGACGGCCCUCCUGCCCUCCGAGCUGGAGAUGCAGCAGAUGGAGGAGACGGACUCCUCGGAGCAGGAGGAGCAGCCCGACACGGAGAGCCUGGCCCUGCACAUCGGCACGGAUGAGUCUGGGGCGGAGAAGGAGAACACGUCCGUGCUGCAGCAGAACCCCUCCUUGGCAGGCAGCCGGAACGGGGAGGAGACCGGCAUCGAUAACCCCUACCUACGCCCCGUGAAGAAACCCAAGAUCCGCAGGAAGAAGUCCCUGUCCUGAGCCGGAGGAAGCCUGGCUCGCGGAGGGGCGCAGCACCACCCCCUGAGAGUUGAAGCCCCUGGAGGGAAGAUGCGGGUGACCUUGUGAGCGGAGGCUGCGGGAUGGCGUCGGGCAGGGUUUUCAUGGAAACCUCAGUCACCUGUUUCCACCGGAAGUCUGGGUCGGAGGAAGCAGUGGGAAUCACAAGACUGUCCUCAUCACCGGGGCCCCUGUGUCCUGGGGCCUGGCGGCAGCUGGGAGCUUCAUUAUUAUCCCAGCAGUGUGUUCCUCUGAAACCCCAGGCGCAGGAAGGUGCCAGGGAAGAGGGGUUCUUGGCUGCUUUGCUCUGUGCUGGGAAGUCUGUUCCGGGCCCCAGGGUCCCCUUACUGACUCGCAAACAGUUGCAGCGCCGAUCGGAAGACCCGGAACCUCACCCGUGCUUCUCUCCUCCCCUGGGCCACAACGCGCUGUGGAGCUGCCGGAAAGUCCCUUGUGCCUUGUGUUGGGCACAGGAGGCCGCGCGCCACAGCUCUGAUCUGGCACUGGCUGCAGUUGGGUGCAGCGGGCGGAUGUGUUAAGGUGGCGGACAGUGAUGGGGGGAGGGCAGCUCCUCCAGGCAGGGACAUCCUGAGGGAUUGUCAUUCACCGUCCUCUGUGGGACCUGCCCUCUGACAGCAGCCUGGCCCCUUGGACACCUCACGCUGUGACUCGUGAAAGAGCAGCUGGAGAUUUUAAAGAAGAGGGAAAGGAGUUAGCAGUGUCAGCUGGCACAUCGCAAGCUGGGCCUGGCCUUGCGGGUUGGACCCAGAGCCUGGCUGCUCUGCAGGAGGCUGGCGUGGGCUGAGCACAUUGCUGCCCGCGGGGCAGCGGUGAUGGGAGCCUCCAGGCUGAGCCAGCCAGGGCUUGGGAAAGCAGGAAGCAGGUCUGCGUCCCCUCAGCCGCCUCACCUCAUGCCUGAGGACACUUUGCCACCGACGUACCCUCCAAAAUGUUUUCGGGGAGAUGGCAGGCUCGCUGAUGUCCCUUGGCUGGUCUCUGAAGGAGCCAUUUGAAAGCCAGAUCCAAGGAGUAGAAGGGUCUUGGCCCCAGAAGAUGGCCCAGUUUGACAAAGUCGCCCCAGGCUAGGCUCCUGUGGCCACGUUCAGCAGCUGCCCCUGCUAUCAUCGUGGACACCGGCCCGGUCCCUGGCCUGGCCUGGCCUGUAGAAACUGCAGAGCCCUCUAGGCAUAUUUAUAAAUUUCUAUUUUUUGUAACUUUGGGGUUCUUCUUAGAGGAAAAGAAAGAGUAGUAAACAGCUGGAUUGAAAGUGAUUUGUGAAAGGCCCAUAAUAAAAGUUGAUGGUAAAAUCUUUGUAAACAAAAAUUAAAAUAAGGAACACUUUGUAAAUAAGCAGCACUGUUAAGCAUUGAACUUGAUUUGUGUUUGUUACAGUUGUGUGCAAGGCUGUGCGCACACACGCACACACACGAGUAGGUGGCCCUCCCGUCGGAUGGUGUAUCCUGAUGUUUGGGAACUCCGGUGUCUCCCUUGCCCUGCCUUAACACUUAACAUCCUGUUGAUUCUGUUUCACCUCUUCCCUCCAUUGUUUUCUUUUCUUUUGAGACAAGGUCUUAACUGUGUAUC